AGCGCCGCGUUGGCUCAAGCAGCGCCCCUUGAUUCCGCGCGCACCCCUGUCAUCAAAGUGCAGAUCGGUGCGCGUGCGAAUGGGAGAGCAUGGCAUUCAGAGGGGACGUGCAUGGCGGCAGCACCGGCUUGCAAGCCGGACUGGGCCUCAUCGGUGGGCAGGCGGAAGCCGGCAUCGAGAAGAAGUUGUACGUGAAGGUGGGGUUCUUUACGGGGGCCGUCUUCGUGGUCUCAGCAGCAAUGUAUUCCAUCAUCCACUACAUGAGGGGGAUCGAAUGGGCUCCCGCGACUUUCUUCGGGAACGUGUUCCUUUUGGUCUUUGGGAUAUUGAUGGUAGUGCUGGAUUUCCCCAUCCCGCAUCCGCACCAGUCUCUGGUCGACAUCAGAGACAACAUUUACAAGUUUGUUCUCUUCAUGACGCGCUUCACGGGGCGUGGCAUCUGGUAUUUGUUCCUUGCCACGCUGGUCUUCUCGACGCUCUGGGACGGGGGCGCUUCAUGGCUGUUGGGCCUUAUUUUCACGGGCUAUCUCAUCAUUCUGGGCAUCGCGGCCUUAUAUAAGGGCGGCAUGAUGAGCUACAAGCUCAACAAGGUGCGGGAAGAAAUCUUGAAGUCCAACAGAAGCGCUGAGCAUUAUUUGGCUCCUAGCCAGAACUGUUUAAGCAAAGUGCAGUUCAAUGCGAUGGUAGAGAGCGUGAUGCAUGAACACGGGUUCUUCAGCGACGACGAGUUGGACUAUGUGAUUAAUUCUUUGUCUUUCACGCCAGAGAACGAUGGGCAGGUCUCGAUGGAGGAAAUCGAGUACUGGCUGAGUGACGGCCCCAUGAUGAUCGUCUGAGAGGCUCAGCGCCGUCCCAGUGCGUAAGACUGACUCUUUCUUCAAGCCCCUGACCCAUCGAUUCCUUCGGGCGCCCCCAGACCGUGUCACACUGUUUUUGCCACCGCCGAGCUUGGACUGCAGAUGCACUUCCGCAACGGCGGGCUAGUGCACAACAGCUUGCACAAAUUCAGGAUCCUCCUGCCAGUAUGGGACGCACGGUGUGCCAGCCAUGGCGUCCGAGAAA